AUGUUCCGUAACCGAAACAACUCCCAGAAGCCUGAUGACGAGUUCAUCAGCCGCUUCCAACGAACCUUUGCAGAGGUGGUACCUCGACGAGAUAGCAACGAUCAUGAGCAAACUGCCCCCUUCCAAGUCGGGGCCGGAGUGUCUACGGCAUCCGGCAAGUAUGCCGAGAGCCGGCCCGGCGAUGUGGUCUUCGGAGCUGAUAUGGCCACCCCCGGGUCUAAGACGAUGGCGAGCCAUGAGGUGAAGUUUGAGGAUGGCGAGAUGAAGUUCUCACAUGAACGAACACCACGCAACUUCCAGGACCUCGGGUUCACCCCCUCGUGGAUGGAUCCGCAAUCGAUGCAAAUGAUGUCUCUGGCCGGUCAGCACCCUGGGUUUUACACACCUAACUCUGGUGGCAUGGGCGCCACCUUUCACAGCCAGGCCGGCGACCUUCACACCCCCACCCUCGGAUUGAAUAUGAUUACCCCCAUGUCGCUCUCCAAUUCCAUUGCGGCCACCCAGCAGAACCCACAGCCUGGCCUGGAGCAUUUCAACCAGCAGUACAUGGCUCAUCAGAUGCCCGAUAUGAACAGCUACAUGCAACAGGCGUCGUAUGCCCCUAGUGCCUUCAUGCAUCGAGACUCGUACGACGUAAUGGACGAGUCUGGGGACGGUUCGUCGCUGAAUGAACUCCCAGUUGAUCAGGCUUCAAAUUUCACCGCGUCUACGGAUUAUUCCGGUGUCAUGGAUAUGGCCUACGCUGAAGGUGAAACAUUCCGCUACAAUGUGACUCUGCGUGCCCCAACGGCAAUGGUCAAGUCUGGCCGAGAAGUCCCCAUCUCGUACCUGAACAAGGGUCAGGCCUAUAAUCUCACAGUUAUUGACUCCAGCCCGCCAAUGGUCAGUUCCGAGCCUUUGCAUUACCGCACAUUCGUUCGUGUUUCGUUUGAGGAAGAAGAGCAGCGUGCGAAACCAGCCACUUGUUGGCAAUUAUGGAAAGAAGGCCGGGGCACGAGCGAGGCCCACCAGCGCGGGGGCAAACUUCUAGCCGUUGAAUACGUUGAUCCACUACAAGGGGGUGACGAUCAUAAGCACCGUCAGAUUCAGAUCGAGCAGACCUCUUUCGAUGGGUUCUGCGUAACUUGGACGGCCAAUCCUGCUACCGGUGCCUCGGACUGCACCAUUCCGGUACGCUUCAAUUUUCUGUCGACCGAUUUCAGUCACUCGAAAGGUGUGAAGGGCAUUCCGGUGCGGCUGUGCGCGAAGACCGAACUUGUGUCGCCAGGCGAUAUUUCCGGGGGCCCCGGCGAGCCGGAAGUCUGCUACUGCAAGGUGAAGCUUUUCCGAGACCACGGUGCCGAACGCAAAUUGUCCAACGAUAUCGCCCAUGUCAAGAAAACAAUCGAGAAAUUGAAACAGCAAAUUGCGCAGGCAGAAAUGGGAGGUGGCUUCGGCAAGCGCAAACGUGGCAGCAAUGUAACGGCGAACCCCAAAGACCGGUCGAAACCCACAAAGCACAAGCGGACCUGGUCGAUCGGUUCGCAGGACGGACAAUCCGAGAAAUUGUCUCUGGAGGAUGACUUGCAGGCCAAAUUGGUCAUGAUGCAGGACAUGUUCUCGUCGACUCGGAAUGUCAGCAUUCUCGCUCUUCGUGGAGAAGAGCAGGAUGAUCCGGAUCUGUACCCUGUUCGGCUCCCGGCCGAGGGAGAGUUCAUCAAGACCGAAACUCUUUUCCGCCAGAAUAAGAGCGCAUCACAAUCCGUGGAGUCCUUAAUUCUUUCCCCGACUAGCAGCAAUGUCUCCUUGAAUUCACCGCGCUUCAAGGCCGAUCAGUUGGCUGCAUUGAAUGAUUCAAUGAAUUCUAAGACCGUCCAGCGCGUUGUAUCCAGAGACCCCAGGAUUUCGACAGGUUCCAUUGAAGCUGUGGAUAUUGAUCCGACCUACCGACCCCCAGCGGAACGACCGCCUAAGCCGAUCGCAUGUUUCUAUGUGCGCUUCACCGGGAGCGAACAUCACCCACAGGAGUAUUAUCGAGCGAUCUAUCUUACUGAACGCACCGUUCGGGAUUUGAUGAAGAAGAUUUCUGAGAAGCACCACAUCGAUCCCUCGCGGGUAGUGCGAAUCCUCCAUGUCAAUGAGAACGGCCUUCGAAUAAUGGUCGAUGACGACGUUGUUCGUGAGCUUCCAGAAGGCCAAGACAUGAUCGCCGACAUCUGCGAAAGUCCCAGUCCCUCCGUCCCCAGCAGUGGGAGAGAAGUGCCUGGCUCCCCGGUGGAGAUCAAAUUGACCUAUUAA